CAGCCAAGCUGUAAUGUAUCCUCAGUCCUUGGUCUGCUGCACACAUCAACCAUCAGCAUAACAGAAAGUGUGUGGCCAAAUUCUGGGAGCUCAGCAGUAGCACAAGGUGACUUUGCAGAUAUUCCUUACUGCUUGAAGCCAGCAAGACACGAAGGACAGCUGCACUCAACCACUCAAAUGAGGCAAAAGAAAUGAGCCUGUCCUUCAGCACUUUUAUUACCUGGGCUUCUCUCUGGCUGUCACCCCAGAUGAAGGAGCUGUGACCAGCCAAUGCAGUUCAGUGCUGCUGCUGCAGACUGAGUUACUGCACUGCCUCAAAUUGCUACAGUGUGAGACUGACUCAAACAUUGUAUUUUAAGUCACUCCCUCCCCACCAUCUCACAGAGCACCACACAUUGACUACACGUAGGAAACAUCAGCACCUCUGUAGCCCCUUCUGAAAUAUCAGCUGAGCAUUUCCUCAGCAAAACUGGCACUACAAACAUAUAUUUCUGUGUCUCCAGCCACAGGCUAUAGUGGGAGGACUGGAGUCCACGCUUCCCAUCACUAGCAGAAGGAAGGACAACUGGCAGCAGGGUGCUGAGCAGUUCCUGCACUUCAGGCAGCUGCCCUCAGCAGCAUUUUCUGGGUAUAUAGCUACCCCUUGCCUGCAAGUAAUUCACAUUUUUUUAACACUGUGAUGGUGUUUACUUUCCCCAGGGAAAGGAUGAGGUACUGAGUUCACCUUUCCCCCAGUGCCAGCCAUCAGCUCCCUGAAUCUCUGAGCCCCUGGCAGAAACGUCUGUGACCUGUUUAGAGAAGGGUCCUCCCAGAAACCUGAACCAUCCGGUUCUCACCAGGUUCUCACCAGCGGAGUCACAUUCACAGGAUGCUUUCAGAGAGGUUGGGAGCAGUUUGAGAAGGGAGUAUGUCUGCAGCAGGCUGGGCAAAGGCCAUUUGUGCUUUCAGGAAGAGCUGGGCAGCCCUCACUAGACAGGUGUGACACUGCCUUUGGCACAUCCAUCACAGGUAAUACAGUACAGCACUAAGAUUGAAGUACUUGGCUUAACUUAAACCCAGAACCUACAGGACCUGGUGACCAAAACAAAGACAUUAAUUGUCUGGAUGAAACUUGCCCAGCAUCUGAUUUGGAGGGAAAAGUACAGGUAGCUCUUCACUGUGAGACUUAUGAGACUCAAUUUGGGGCUGACGUGAACGCUUGCCAAAACAGAGCAAAAGAAGGUGACUGUUGUAGGCCAAAUUCAUGUGAUCCAGGAGAUAAGAACUUUAUAAUCCCUACUAGAUGACAAAAGCAAAGGAUUUCAAGUAGACUGGAAAAAAAUAAAAAUUUUAAUACCGCUGCAGGCUCACAAAGCUUUUGGACAAAAAUUAAUAUCCAGAAAGGCAGAAUUUCUGAGUCAGAUACUAAGCUGAUGGUGCAGUUUAAUUUCCCCCCACAUUUGCCUGUUUGCAAAGAGUCUUCAGAAUUUAAGAUUUGUACUUUUAAUACUCCAUGCAUUAGCCCUGAGGAAACAAAGAGGUGAAAGCCUAGAUGAAAGCAAUGUAAGAAAACACCGGAGUCCAGCAAUUAACUAAGCUUUUUAACACACAACACUGAAAAUUUUAUUACCUAAUUAGUUUUUUACUCUAGAAGACAAUAUUGGACCGUGACAUACACCGAGAGUGUAGCAGUUCUGCACAGAUAUCUGUGCAGAACACUCUUGAUAGUAAUAUAAUUGUGACAUACAUAGUCCUGAGAUAUGGACAGAGCUUAUUUCUUUUUUGAUAUCUUUAUGGCUUAAGUAUUUUUGACUAUCUAAGAACUCGGAUUCAUUGCAUCUUUUGUUUUUUAUUAUGCCCCCUUCCCUCCACCUACUUCAUUCUUACUUGGCAUUUGUCUCAUCCUUGAUAGACGCCUUAAGAUGGGAGGUGAGUGAAGUAUCUGAUUUUAUGGCUCUUCUUUUUUGGUUUUGCCAAGCACGGAAUGAUGUGACUGAAUUAAAUUAAAUGCAUUUCAAACACUAGGACAGGCCUCUUUCUGUUACUUAGUCCAAUGGGCUUUCUAAAUAAGGCAGAGCUGCCACAUCUAGACACUAUGUCUGACACUGGGGCCUUCUCAGCCCAGCAGGUCUAGGUGACCAGAUGCCUGGAUGGGGAGGAAGGUUUGUCCCAGCUUUGACACACAGAUGGAUUUCACAGAUGGGAACCAGGCAGUUCCCAUCUUCUCCAUCUCCAAACUUAAUGCAACAUAAUGCAAAUGCAGGCCCAAAUCUCAGUGGACUGUGAGUUGCACAGGGAAGGAAAGGCAAGGAGAUAAAAUAUCAUGGUUUUAGGCACUUCCACCAUAGCCCUCCCGUGGAGGUGCACCCGGCAGGACCAGGGCACUGGGCAGGGAGGUACCAGGAGGACGUGACUGAAAGCAGGAGGCUCCUUAUGCAAGGCUGGGGACCAGGUGGCAUAAACCAGCUGGAGGAAAUCAGAGGGUGCCCUUAUCUGCUGAGUGAUAAAGCAGAGCUGGAAGCCUGGAAAAGACUGAGAAGAACCAGGGAGAGCCACUGCAAUUAGGGUUUAUUGUCAGAGUAGAGAGGGAUUAUAACACCAUCAUAUGCAGAAAUUUGCUGGGUGAAACCAGGGCCCAGUGGGGUGGUACAAGAGCUGCUGGGCAAAAAGCAAGGUGGGAGGGCUUCCCUGGGCUGCCCAGGAGUGUGUGCUCGGUGGAACAAAACGGAGUGUUUUCCAAGAUUAUUUUGCAGUCCGAGAAACUGGUCUCUGGAGAUUUGAUAUUUAUGAAGAUGAUGGAGAAAUCUGGAGAGCUGGAGGCAGUGGAUUUGCCAGGCAGACUGAGUGGGAUAGCACAUGCUGGUGUUUGUGUGUCAGCAAGCCCCAGCUCACUGCUCCCUGGCAGGAGAUUCUGGAGUGUGAGGAGCCCAGGGGCACAUUUCUUCAAGACCAAAAUUCCCUUAGCAGACAAAUAUUAACCAUAAAGCUUAAUAUAUCUUGAGAAAAGGAAAGCAGAUGGAAGUUAAAUGAUUUAAAUAUCUUAAAUAUUUGCUUGGAUUUUUUUCCAUUUUUUUAGAAAAUCAGUGUAAAAGUAAAAAGAAAAAAAACACCUUAAUGAUAUCAGUGAUUCAGGAAAAAAAUAAUGCUUAGGAUUAUUUUUUUAUCACGUUCCAAGAAGAUAUUACUUGUUUUGUCCAUGAAGGCAUGAUGCAUUUCAUGAUCCAAGUUGUUCCACAGCCUCUAGAACAAGAAUGAAAAUGCUGUAACGCCUGUUGCUUGGUUUUGUGAUUUCUUGCUAGGAUUCUGCAGCGUCCCUACACAUAAGGCUCCUCUUACUGCUUUUGUCAUAGAUGUCAAUCUUCCCAUGGAUUCGCUCUGGUCGUCUUGGAGUCGCCAUAUACUUCAAACUCAAUUAAAACUCCCAUAGAAGUCCCUAAGGGGAUUGGGAAGUCAAAGUCACUGGUUGUUUUGACAGUGGAUAGUCAGGGGAGAGGGAGGGAGCUAUUUUAUUUCCUUUGCAGCUUGCCUGUUCUAGUUGCCAUGACAUAUAGUUUAAUGGAGAGGGUAAAUGUUUCCUAUGGAAAUAUUCAGUAUUUCUACAGCAAGAUUGAUAGCAUUUGCCUAACACUGAAAGACAUGAACGUGGAUUCUGCAGGCUCGAAGCUGGGCUCGCUUUCUCCAACUGUGUAUUGAUGGGGUUUUUGACAGCUCAAGGUUCCACCUGGAAUGCAAAUAUUGCACAAUGUUUGAUUUCAGAUCAAAUGCCUGCUUUUCUCUGCAAACGGUGAAGGAAAGGCAGACGAGGCUGGGCAUGGCCCCUCCAGCCUUGACCUCCAGCCUAGAGAUAAAAUCAGAGUACUGAACAAAAACCUUGUGUUAUAAUACCGACAUUGUCAGGGAUCCUCUGUCCUUCCCAGCUGGAAUUACCUCCCAGACACACCUGGACACCAAAACAAACAUCACGGAGGGAUUUUAAAAGACUAAUUUUUUAUGAAUCCUUGUGGUACCUCAGAGGAAAAAGGGGCCCUGUCCUCUGUCUGAAACUGUUGCAGUUUCCCUAUCUGCGGAAAUUUAAAGCUCACUUUUAUUUCGCGUUACCAACCCUAAUCCAUCUUUCAACUUAGAAGCGUGAAUGCGACUUCCCCGCCUGAAACGUGGGUUCCUCAACAACGGAGCGGGUUCCUCGCUGCAGGGCGGGUUUUUUCCCCGGCUACGGGAACAGGAACAGAACCGGGGAGCCACUCUCUGCACCAGCCAUCCCGCGGGCCCCUCCUAACUCGGACCACACGCGGCAUCCAUUCGGCAGCGGGGCAGGGCGGGCGGGCUGAGGGGCGCGGCCCUGUCCGUCCUCCCUGCCCGCCGCUCCCGGACUCUCGCGGGGCGGUGCCGCCGGCAGCCGCCGCGCUCGGUCCGACCGUCCGUCGGUCCGUGGGUCCCACCCGCCCGAGGUCUGCAGGAGCCGCCGGCGGCCCCGCGGUGAUAAGUCCUUGCGAUGGCAGCAAUGACAGAAACCAACAACAUCCAUGCAGUGACUGAGGGGCCGGAAGGAGAUGAUGCCAAGUGCAGUUUCCAUCACAGAAUGUUCCUGGAACCCCAAGAGAAGAAGAGGAGCAUGAAGGCUCUGGUGGUUAAGCAAGCAAAGAAAACCUGCAGCUGCACUCCAACCAAAGUUAAAGACUGGGUUUUCGGUUUCUUUCCCAUCUUACAGUGGCUUCCUAAAUACAAACUAAGGGAGGAUCUCCUGGGAGAUUUCAUGUCCGGGGUGAUUGUGGGGGUCUUACUAGUCCCACAGUCAAUUGCCUAUUCUCUCUUGGCUGGAGUGGAGCCUAUUUAUGGCCUCUAUACGUCCUUUUUUGCGAGCCUUAUUUAUUGCAUAUUUGGAACCUCCCGCCACAUCUCGGUUAGCAUCUUCGGUGUGACCUGCCUGAUGAUGGGGCAAGUGGUGGAUCGUGAAAUGGAGAGAGCUGGCUAUGACGUGGAGCCAGCUGUGCUCAGUGUCCCCCCAGGUGCAGCAGCACGUGUGAACACCACCCUUUCCCCAGUGAAUGGCACAUGGCAGGGGCUGCUCUGUGACAGGAGCUGCCACGCGAUUACAGUGGCAGUCACCGUGAGCUUCUUAGCUGGAGUUUAUCAGGUGGCCAUGGGUUUCUUUCAAGUGGGCUUUGUCUCAGUGUACCUCUCCGAUUCGUUGCUGAGUGGAUUUGUCACGGGCGCCUCCUACACUGUCCUAACCUCACAAGUCAAGUAUCUCCUGGGCCUGGACAUCCCACGGAGCGGAGGCGUCGGCUCUCUCAUAGUCACCUGGAUAAACAUCUUCAAAAACAUACACAAGACCAACAUCUGUGAUCUCAUCACCAGCUUCUUGUGCUUUCUUGUGCUUAUCCCAGCCAAAGAGCUUAACGAACGUUUUAAAUCCAAGCUCAAGGCUCCAAUACCGGUUGAACUAGUUGUGGUUGUGGCAGCUACUCUGGCAUCUCACUUUGGGAAACUGAAAGAGACUUAUGGCUCGAGCAUUUCUGGGCACAUCCCAACUGGGUUUCUGCCACCCCGCUCUCCAGAUUGGACCCUCAUUCCCAAUUUGGCUUUGGAUGCUGUUGCCAUCGCUGUCAUUGGCUUUGCCAUCACGGUCUCCCUCUCGGAGAUGUUUGCCAAGAAGCAUGGUUACUCUGUGAGGGCCAACCAGGAAAUGUAUGCCAUUGGCUUCUGCAACAUCAUUCCCUCCUUCUUCCAUUGCUUCACAACCAGCGCAGCUCUUGCCAAGACUCUUGUCAAGGAGUCCACAGGCUGUAGGACGCAAGUCUCUGGCAUGGUGACUAGUUUGGUAAUCCUGUUAGUCCUCCUUGUGAUUGCACCUUUAUUUUACUCCCUUCAGAAAUGUGUCCUUGCUGUCAUAACCAUCGUGAACCUCAGAGGAGCCCUGCGGAAGUUCAGGGACCUGCCAAAAAUGUGGCACUUGAGCAGAGUGGACACAGUGAUCUGGGGAGUUACCAUGGCAGCCACAGCACUCAUCAGCACCGAGAUCGGUCUUUUGGUUGGUGUUUGCUUCUCCAUGCUCUGUGUCAUCUUCCGAACUCAGAGGCCAGAGGCACCUCUGCUUGGCUGGGUGGCAGAGUCCGAGACCUACGAGUCCCUGUCUGCUUACAAGAACCUGCAAACCAAGCCAGGGAUCGUGGUGUUCCGUUUCGAAGCCCCACUCUACUACAUCAACAAGGAGUGCUUCAAAUCCACCCUGUACAAGCAAACUGGGGUCAACCCAGUCUGGGUGAAGGCAGCAAAGAAAAAGGCAGCGAAAAGAAUGCUUAGGGAGAAAAAGGUGGGUUCUGGUGACAACCAGACCAGCAUCUCCAUGGAUUUUGUGCCUGAACCUCUGGAGUUUCACACAAUAGUGAUUGACUGUUGUGCAGUGCAGUUUUUGGACACGGCAGGAAUAUGCACGCUCAAGGAGGUCUGCAAGGACUACAAGGAGAUAGAUGUCCAUGUGCUCCUGGCCCAGUGCAAUCCUUCAGUGAGGAGUUCCCUGAUCCGAGGGGAAUUCUUUAAAGAGGGGGAGGAUCACCUUCUCUUCCACAGUGUGCACCAGGCUGUGGACUUUGCAUUGGGCACCCAGGGACACGGUGGGACCAGUGCUUCUAAGGACUAGCUAUGGAAAGACAGCAAGUUGGAACAAAGCCUGGGAAAAAGUGUCUGUGGGUCUGUAUAUCUAUGCAAUCAAUAUAUGUGCACUCAGAUAAAAAGGGCAGGGUGGUUCUUAGCAUGCUGGUUGCUGUGCAGUCUGCUUACAAGCUUUAAAUUUGCCUGCCAGGUGUAGUGAUCCAAUGAGCGGUACUGAACAAAGGCAAUUCUUAGCUCGAAUGUGCCUAAUCUGUGACUCUAAGAGUGUUCAUACAGUUGUUCAUCUCAUCUUUCUCUUCUCUCUUGAACUUUCAGUGUCUCAGUUCCCCUCUAAGUUUUGAUCAUCAGCAUUGAAGUCUUUGUUUCAACCCUUUCUUUGUGGAUGGGGCAGGAUUCUAAAGUAGUCUGGUCAUCCUGUCCAGCUGAAGAACGAGGCAGCUCAUUUCUUGUCCCUCCUUCUGGCAUUGCUUUUCCAUCUCCACACCCUUAUGUUUGCUAAGGAGUGACUGACAGGGACUUUUUGCUCUGGUCUUUACUGUGCAGUGUUUGAUUUUUUUAACCUUCCUGAAGGUAAAUAACAGGUAGAUAAAUCAAAUCUAAACAUGCAUGAAAAGAUCUUCAUGAAUAGCUUCUAACGAACCACCUAUCACCUCCAGAGGCUUUGGCACUGUCUCCUAAUGCAGCCAGGCCAUGGGGGCAUGGUUAUCUUAUUUUUCCAGGCCUUUAUGUGCCUGUGCCAAUGGAAAUGUUACCUCUCUAGUUUGAUUUUAAUGAUUUUUAUUCAGAGGUGACUGCUUAGAAGUCUGGUUCAUCUUUAUGGUCAGUCAGUUGUUUUCCUAAUAUUUAGGAGCUCUUUAGGAUUGUGGACAUUAGAUAUGGAAAAUAUCUAGUUCUUGAGUUUCAACAGAAAACAGUCCCUUAUAGGCAGUUUUAUAUGCCAGGCAAACAGCAGCACAGGCACCAAAAUGGAAAGGGCCAAAUAGAUUAUCCAACAUCUGUCCAAUGUGUUCGUGUCACACAGACUUCGGGUGUGAUUGCAGGUUUUAUUGGCCAUAGACCCUUUGCACAUGCUCUGCCAGGGACUUUAUGCAAGGGGGAUGCACAGACCAAGAAAUACAGUCAUUGGAAAAGGAGCCAAGAAAAGUCUUACUGAACUUUGUUUCACGAGGUCAGUGUAAAUAGAACUUUUUACUUGGAUUUUAAUUUGUUCAGAACAGUGAAGAGUGCCUGUUCUUCAUGCUGAAAUACAAGCACUGGGUAGGAAGAGGUUCUCUUUCCUUACAGUGAUAGAAUACAAUUAUGAAGGCAGAAUGGAGAGAUUAACAGUUUUUGCUGAGUACCAGUUAUACACAGCACACAGUACAUCUUUGGAAGAUGGUACUUUCUCCCAGGGGAGUUUACAGUCUGAGUUGUAGGUGCUUCACAGCUUUCAAAAGGGAAAGGUGCUGUUUACUGACAAUAUUCUCAUCCUUAAUCAUUCCAAAAUAAUAAGUCAGGAGUCAAAAAAGGCAUAAAAUGCAAUAUGAAUUGUGAAACGUUUACUAAAUAGGAAUAUAUUUUGAGUUUAGACUGUUUUCUUCUUUUUUUUUUCUGAUCAAGGACCAGUAACUAUUCUCUUCUUUCUAUGAAAGCUGAAUGUCAUGUAACACUCUACUCUAGGAGGUGGGACCUCAAGAGAAGGACGAGACAGCAGGAAGAUGAGUCCUUUAUAUGUUAACUGAAAUGCUACGUUUUUUUAGGACAUCAUCACAGCCUAUAGAAAUACUGGGGGAGGUGGGGGUGGCUGUAGCACAUAUUGAAAAGAAGCAUAUAACUGAGAUCUGUGCAUUCCAUAUCCUGGAACUGGCACUGUUAAGGAAAGAAGCCUCUGUGUAUCAGAGAGAAAAUGCUAAAGCUUCUGCAGUAUUCAAACCCCACAAUUAUUGUUCUGUUCGAGGCUUGUUUAUAAGGAGAUGAAUCCCAAAUUCUGCUGAAUUUUUUCCUUUUCUAUGUGAACUUUUUUAUUCUGGGCUAAAAAUCCUUUAUGCAGCUUGGGUAAUUGUAAUUACUGAAUUGGCAUUACCAGAGCAGAUUAGCCUGAGCUGUAUAAAAGCAGUGAGUGCAGUUAGUGCAUGAUGGAAGUUAUGCUUUAGUUCCUAACCAAACCUGGUUUGUGUUGAAUUCUCAAUCAGAGACCCUGGGUGGGAAGGUUUGUCCCCACAGGGGGCCAUGGCCUGGGGGGGGAGUCCCUUUUCAACACAAUUUGUUCACAGAAUCUCUGGAACUUUGAACAAAAGCCUCAGUAUAAUUUCGAAAUGCUGAUUUUAACUACUAUAUUGCCAGAGGGCAGAGUAGUGCUAGAAACACUUAAAGCCCUGAUGAAAAAUUACAGCAUGUUGUUAUUGUAAUUUUCCUGCCUACCUGCAGCUACUUGUUCUCACUCCUUUUUCUCUCAGGCAUGGGCAGGAGAGAGGGAGAGGAGGAAGGAGCAGCUGGCCAGGAGACUUCAAGACAGGUCAGCCACAAGUGGGACAGAAGUCAAGUAGAAAUUUCUCUGGGUGAUUCUUUCCUCUUUCCCUCUCUCCCGUACUCCUUCCAUGCUGCCCAGGUGGAAAUCUUCUGAUCUGUGACCAUGCACAGGUUUGUGUAGCCAAAUUCUAACUGAGAAGGGGAAAACCUUUAUUUAUUAAGUGAUGUUUUUUCAAAUCCAUUUCUACCUGUGUCAGGAAGGGAGGAACAGCAGUGUUAAUUUUAAUGUUAAUACUUUCCACAUCUAGCAGAAUGGGUAUUUGUAGCUCCUCGAUAUUUAUUUGCAUAGAAGCACAAUAAAACAGCUAUGAAUUGAUUUUCCCAAUAAUUAAAUUACAUUAUAGGUAAAAGAUACACUGAAGUGAUUUAUGUUUAACUAGAGCACACUGUAUUUGUCCUCAGUGCUGUUUGCACAGCCAUAACUGGUAAUGCAGCUUCCAAAUUCCAUAAAGGAAAACACAAGAACUAAAAUGCAACAGCAAAACCAGCCAGGCAACCCAAAGAAAAACUUCUAAUGUUCUUAUUUAAGAUAACAUCCAGAGGUCAUAGUAUUAAUAAGUCUAUAUUAAUGCACACUGCCCUGUUUAAAAGGGAACCAAAAUAAAUGCCAUUUGCCAGACGGUUCAGUGUAAUAGAAUCCUUUGGAAUUAACUGAAGAUUAGAGCUUAUUAUGGCUGGAAUUUGUUAGAACAGUGGAUUUCAGCCAUUUCCUUUUAGGCCUAGAAUAACUUUUUAGCAGUGACAUGAAUCUGAUUUAAGCCUGCUGGCAAGAAGCACAUUUUGCUUGAAUAUGUUUAUGGACCAUUUAAAGUAAUCCAAUUUCAUCUUUAGGAAUCAGGGACCACUGAUUGAAAGCUAUUGCCCUAAAGAAUUUGUUUUAUAAAGGAAUUUCGUAUAUAUCCAUACACACAUCUGUAUGUGGAUGUAUAUAUUUGUGUGUGUACAUAUAUAUAUAUAUAUAUAUAUGUAUCUUUUACUGCUGUGUGAUGGUUGCAGCAGCUGUAUAUAUCCAGUUAUGCUUUUGUGAUACUCCUGCUUCUGUCCUGGAAAGGGCUCUUCUACCUUCUGCUGUUCUAAAUGAACAGUGGAGAACAUGUACUAGAUUUUUUAAGGGGAAAUCUCACUGCCUUCUCUCCUCCCUACCUCACAGCUGAAUGUAAACUAUGGGAAGAGGGACUCUCAGAACAAUUGGGUUUGGGUUUAUGCAUCUGUCCAGAACUGGAAUGUUCCUCCCAGGUGCAAACUUCAGAACCCCAAGCUAGACUGGAAGAUGGUAUAAAUCAUUUUAUCUCCAUUCCCAAAGGUACUAAUCAGCAAUUAUCACUCUAAAUGAAGAAUUACAAGAUCAUUAGCACGUUCAUUAAUGACAACAACAUGGCAUUAUGGAAAUUAACACUCCCAGCCUCAGCUGUACUAAAGACUCCUAGAAAUGUCUUUAGCAAUCUCCUGCUAAAUGUCAGGCUCUUUUUUCCUCGUGUGUUGCUGCUAUAGAUAGUAGUGUCAGUUCCUCUUAACGUGGCAGCUGCACUAAUAAAUGUUUCACUUGUGUGAGUGUUUUGACAUGAAAACCAUUUUAGGUCCACUUCACAAAACAGGGAAAGGCAUUGCUGUGGUGCUUGUUUUUGGAUUCAUAAUGACAUUGUGUGAUUUAGUGAUCCUGAUUUCCUUGUGAGCCAUUGUAGUUCCACCUGCUCCUAAUUCACUGCAAGACCCACCUACAACUUCUUGAUACUUCUUUCUGUGUUUUGCUGCAAGACAUUGCAUAUAGUUGACUGUAAAUAGAAGAAUCAUUGUUUUUGUGUGUGUUGCUGUUACAUGUGACCUGCUGCUCAGUUUUUAUGGCAGAUCUUUUGAUAAGGCUAAAGCUCCUGAACAGAGAGAGGAAAACAACCCCAAAACCCCACGAAUCCUGUGGGUGCUGGGACUGGAAGAAAGGGGGCUGUGGGCAGCUGAUAGGGGAGCACUUCUGUGUGUGUUCCCAUGCUGGAGCCUCAGCCUGGUUUGGGACUGGGAGAGUGUUUGUGUAACUGUUGGUGCUGUCCAGGAAUGACAAAUUAACCUUUAAUGUCUUUAUUAUGGGGCUGCUGGGACACGGUGUUGUGCAGCCCUGUGCCUUUCUCCACAGGGAGUGUAAUAACAGCACGGGACCUGGUUCCUCAGUGCUCUGCUCAGUUCCUCCUCAGUCACUGUCCUGAGAUACGUAUGUAAGGGAUUUCUGGUUUCAUGGUUAUUUUUUUCGGUCUAAUUUUAAUCUCAGUCUCUCCCAGGCAGGGCAGCAGAGCUGCCACGACUGCUCCAUGCCCAUGGAAGGCUGUCUCUCUUGGGAGAAAGCCCACAGCCAUGCUUUUGUCUCUGCUCACUCCUGCUGGCUUUUGUCAAGAGACAUUAAAAUCCACUGACGAUGGGUUUGAAAAGCAGAGGUGAGGUACUGCAGGCAGGAAAACAUCCUGGCUGCCACACUGGGGUUUUAAGCUCCUCCAUACCCAACUGUCUCCCACAGCCUUGUGCUGGGGUUGGCCCUGAACCCUGCCUGUGCUUGGUCCUAGAUCUGUUUGAGGGUGAAACUCUUCAGGCAAAAAGUCCCUUUCAGGGCAUUAUCUUCUGUUGUGGGGAUUUUUUUUCACAUGCUUUAGAAAAGUGAUUUAAAUGCUUGAGGUGAUUUACAUUUUUAAUUUUUUUUUUUCAUUGACAUGGCUAAGCCAGUGAAGCUGUGAUGCAAAUAUUCAUCUUCUGCUCGUGCCAUACAAGGUACUUUGUGUAGCUUAGUUGGUUCUACUGAGUCUCAGUGUAGGAUGCUGUUGUGAGGCUUCAAUAUUGAUAUAACUCUCCACACGAGAAGGGCAUUGCAUUUCUCUGCUGGCAUAGCCAAAGGGAGUCAUGUCUUUAGUGCAGACUUUGCACUGUGAAUGACCUUGGUAAAUCCCAAGAAUUACUUGCACUGGGUCAUCAUGUUCAUAAGCCUUUGUAGGAUCAACUGCUCGUGUGAAAAUCAACCUGAUCUUUACUAUUUCAGUCAAAUUCUGCCUGAAGUGCAAAUAAUUCUGAGCCUUGCUUUUUCAUUUGAGAUCUUUGCAAUGCUAAAAAUGAGGCCUCUCAUUAGGUAAAAUGGCAAAUAUUUAAUAUAUAUAUAUUUAGUUCAUAGUAUAAUUAGUACCUUUCUAUUUUAUUUUCUAGAGAUCUAUAAGCUGAGGCAUAUUGGUAUUCUUUAAUAUGCAAAUGCACAAAAUAUUUCAGCAUUGAAUGGAGAAUCAAAUCUCCAUUGAGGUAAAUUUACUGCUAAAAAUAUUUGAAUUGCAGCUCUCUCCAGCUCUGAAAGCACUUAGCUCUUAGUCCAGCUCCCAAAUGAUCCCAACAUUCCACAAGAAGAUAGGAAACAAACUUUGCUGAACUUGGGUCCAACUUUUUGAUAUCUGAUUUUUUACCUAAAGAAGUAAAUUUUAUGUAUAUUUGAAAUGCAGCUGAAACAUGGUUAAGGAGAGGUAAAAUGUCACUUUUUCUGAAAAGCACGAGUCAUCAGUCUUCUGUCCCUGACUAUCAUCUCUAGUACCUUGGUAUAUUCUGGGGUAUGAUUUGUUGAAUUAUUUUAAAUUCAGAAUAAUUUUAGAUGUUUGUGAUGUAAUCUUUUGCGGAACAAACGAAAUGGCAAAGUUUGCCAACAAGACCUCAGAACUGGAACAGAUCACAUUGGUCAGCUGACCAGUUUACAAAAUAGUUUAUGUGUUAUUUGAAUAAAAUGUGGGAAAGUCAUAUAAUAUCUAUAAAAAGUCCCCUUAUUUGGUGGCAUCAGUUUUAUUUUUUCAGUAGUCAUCUGUGUUCUGCUGUCAUUUCUGGUGUCUGUCCUCUGCAUGGUGUUGGCUCUCCUUUACAGUGUCUCUGUCUGAGCUGUAUCAGUUGUUAUUUUUAAAUGCUAAUGUGCCUUAUUGCCAUUGUAGAAGAUUUGUUAGCAUGAGAAUUUUCUAUCAAAUAUGGUAAAAUCAUUGGGUUUCUUUAGCACAAUUAAAAUAUGGUAUUUAUGGUUU